GUAGGUCAGAAGGAUAGACCCUUUCGUAUUUCUGAAGCACUCAGAUACUACCUUCAUGAAGACUGUAUUACUGUCAAGAAGAUUCAUGCUUGCAUUGGGUUGCUUCUGCAUUCAGAAGUUUGGUAAUUCUAAACUAAGUUAGAAUGUCAGUGGCUGCUUACUGUAUAUUUUGCUAUAGGCAAAUAGGAACUUCUGGUCCAGCCACAAAAACACACCUACCAUGGAAUGAUAUCAUUAUUUCUUCAACAUGUAACUGUCGCUUGUCUGCAUGCCAAAAUUCUUAUGGUCUUGCAAAGACAGAACCUGGUGGCAGCGGUUGUGGAGCAAAUCUCCUAAUUCAUGCUGAGGAAAAGAAAUUAUUGAUGAUAGGAAAAAUUGCAAAGGUAACUGGAUCGCUUGUACUAGGAGGUUUUGUAUUCAUUACAUAUGAAGUCCUGUCCUUAAAGAAGUUACUGCAAAUCGAUACUCAAGCUAUAAAUCAAGAAAAACUUAAAUCCUAUGUAUACGUACGUACAACUUCUCUAAAUCCGAGUGAAUAUCAAGGGAUCACAUACCAAGCCAGAAAAGAAAUUCAUAAAGCUGUGAGGAAAAUUCUAGAAACAGAAGCUAAAAUUUUCCGGAGGCCUUUUAGCGAACAAUUCAGUACAUUUGAUGGAGAAGAUCAUGAAUGUGCCUUAUGGCUCCUCUUAAAGAGAAGUCAGUCAGAAGACAAAGAGGUCCGACUGCAGGCUGUACAAGACCUGGCAAAGAACAGUCACUGGCAUGAUUACCAGUAUGGUACAGUUGCCCAAACCUGUGAUCAAAGGACUGCAAUAGGUUUGGCUCGAUCCAAAGAUAUCGACCUUCGCUUUUUUCUGCCUCCACCACCACUGCCAAAAAUAAAGAAUGAUUAUCCCAUAGAAGAUGAACUUCGCUUGUUGUUAGUAUCUUUACCUCAGACUGGUCUUGAUCCAUGUGUCCAGUACUUUACAUCUCUUGCUUUACGUGAAAGUAGUCAGACUCUCGCUGCACAAAGGGGAGGCUUAUGGUGUUUUGGAGGAAAUGGACUUCCAUACUGUGAGACAUUGAGUAAAAUCCCUUCAGAGACAGUGGAACUCUUUUGCUUGCAAGCUUUAGUACAACAUUCUAAGGUUUCUUCUCACUGUGAUAAAAUUGAAGCUAAAGGAGGCCUUCAGCUACUACAGAGGAUAUACCAGCUACGUAAAGACUCAGCAAAAAUACAAAGGAACAUAAUUCGCAUUAUUGGAAAUAUGGCUUUGGAUGAGCGUCUUCAUUCAUCCAUAGUACGUGCAGGUUGGGUUUCUGUACUUGCUGAAGUAAUGAAGUCCCCACAUGUAAUUCAGUCUUCUCAUGCAUCCAGAGCUUUGGCUAAUCUAGACAGGGAUGCAGUGAAAGAAAAGUAUCCAGAUGGUGUUUAUGUCUUGCAUCCACAGUAUCGUAGCAGUGAGCCCAUCAGAGCAGAUGUCCUUUUUGUUCAUGGUCUUUUGGGAGCAGCAUUUAAAACCUGGCGACAGCAAGACAUUGACCGGCAUUUGGAUAAAAAGGCUUCAGAAGGGGAAGAGGACUAUAGUCAGUGCUGGCCAAAGACAUGGCUGGCUUCAGACUGUCCUGCCCUUAGAAUCAUAUCUGUGGAAUAUGACACCCAUUUGAGUGACUGGAAAGCAAAAUGUCCUGUUGAGGCUCACAGGAAGUCUAUUGCUUACAGGAGCAAUGAGCUUCUUGACAAGCUCAGAGCUGCUGGGAUUGGAGACAGACCUCUGGUGUGGGUAUCACAUAGCAUGGGUGGUCUUCUAGUCAAAAAGAUGCUUGUGGAUGCUUCCAAGAAUCCAGAAAUGGAUAAAAUUGUAAACAACACCAGAGGAAUCAUAUUUUAUAGCGUACCUCACCAUGGUUCCCAGCUGGCUGAAUAUUCUAUAAAUGCCAGAUAUCUUCUCUUUCCGUCUGUGGAGGUUAAAGAACUCAGCAAGGAUUCUCCUGCCCUUAAAGAGCUGAAUGAUGACUUCCUAUCUUUUGCCAAAGAUAAGAAAUUUUCAGUGCUGAGUUUUGCAGAAACCUUACCAACACACAUAGGCAGUAUGAUAAAGCUGCAUGUCGUACCUCUGGAAUCAGCAAAAUUAGGAAUUGGAGACCUUAUUCCAGUGGAUGUUAAUCAUCUAAAUAUUUGUAAGCCAAAGAAGAAGGAUGCUUUCCUGUACCAGCGUACAUUGAAGUUCAUUCAGGAUGUUUUAGCCCAAGAACUUGGAGACUGAGUUUUUGCCAUCCUUGGCUUCUUAUAUCCUCCAUUUGGUGUAACACAGUUAAGUUUUUCCCCUAACAUUUGUUGGGGCAUCUGCAGAACUAUGAAGAUUCUAUGUCAAUAGUAUCUGCUGCUAAAAUAAUUUUCAGUACAUAUCCAACUUAUUUCUAAAGUAUAUUCAAAGCAAAUACCAACUGAAAUCCUAUAAACUUGGCAAAAAGAAAGUGUGUGUUGGCUUAGAGUGACCAUGAUCUGUUGACAAAACGUGUGUAAAUUCUCCAUCAGUUUGGCUGGGAGGGGAUGGGGAUUCAGUGGAGGAGAAGUUUCACUUAGUCUACAGACAUCCCUCUGGAGCAACACAGCUGAACUAUGGAGAGCGCCCAGGAUAUCCUCUUUUAGGCAAAAAAAAAAGCUUGCUCUGGAGGUAGGUGGUCUCAUUAAGGUAAAUAGACACCUGGGACUCAAGUCUUACAGAGAGGAUCAGAAAUAAUUAACUGAGGUGGUUAUUUGUUAUGUCAAAGGGGAGAAGCAGCAUGUGGCUGCCUCACAGCUUUGGUUUACUGUCCAUGCUAAGUAGUCUGUCUGGAGCCUGAAGAAAUUUGUCCAACUGAAUGAAGGUAGCAUUUUAGCCUAGUGGCCCAAUUACAGGAGUUUUUGUAAUUUGUCUUUUCAUUUAAUAGACCACCCAGAUUUGUCAGCGAAUAUGGCAUCUGUUUUCUGCAUGACAAAGAGAUAGGUUGGUAGGUUGUCUUGCAUUGGCAGCUGUAGUUGUUUUAAUCUGUUUGUAUAAAUGAAAACCAAACAAAAGAAUUGUUCACCUUCUUGUACAUUUCCCUCUUAAUCUGAGCAACUUGUGAGAUUGCUUUCUUCAGGACAGCGUGUAUCUGGUCAGACUCAGGGCAGUUCUGUGCUUGCUCACAUGGAAGAUACAGAACAGAGGCUUAGCUGCUUCUGCUUUACUCUUGGAAUAUUCCAAGAAGAUGGUGUGUUCAAAUCCCUGGCUCUUUCUUAGCUGAUUUAAAGAGCAUUGAAAAUGCUGAAGUUGAGUAAGACAAAUGUAGGCCCUGACAAAAAGGCUGAUGCUUUUGUUUGGAGCUCAGGUAGAGAACAAGUAAAGCAGGAAAAAAAUUCAGGUGAUCAUAGGGUCCCACUGGAAAUGCAGAAGAUCCCAGAUGUUUUGGUUUUUUGAAGCCAAAAGUGUAUUUAUUGGUGUAGAUAUAGAGACAUACAGCAGUGUUGUCUUAUUUGAGUUUAUGUUAAGGGUGCCUUAGCAGUACUGAUGAGAAGUAAGGAUUUUUAGGAAAAAAAAAAAAAUGGCAGUGCUCAGCCACUUUUUUUAAAGUCUUAAAUAGUUUGCAGUUUAGUUAAAAGCAGCCUAGUCUAAUUGUGGUCUCUUUCCUUCCUUCCUUUCUUUCCACCCCCAGCCCUCUCUGAAAACAAAUAUAGGCCAUGAUCAGGCUGUACUGCCCUAGUUGACCAUUUGCUAAAUACGGCCUGCAUUGAUGGCAGGCUUAAGAUGUCUCUUAGCAUCCCUUAUGUGAGAUGGAUCCAGUAUCGCUGGCCUUAAAAUUACGGCUAUGAAAGCUCCCAAAGAGGUGGGGUGCACUUUGCAGUUCUGCAUGGGCUUGGUGCAGGCAGCUGUGGCCACUGCAGUCCUGCCAGGUCCUGAGGCCACCUCAGCUGUUCCCACUCAAGAGCGCUCCAGCCCAGGAGGAUGCUACAUCUCAAACUGCUCUUCUGGAAGUUGAGCCUUGACCUGCUGGAGUUGCAAAGUAAAAUUCACAAGAGUAGUACCAAAAAUGUACAGCACUACAUGAGCAAAAAGAGCAUUUUUUUCCCCCUAACUGAGAUGUAGGCAAGAACACUGCAUGGCAGUAUUUCAGAUAGAAAAUGUAACAGAACUCCCCUAACUUCUGAAGAGAUUUGUCCUUUUUACACUGUGGUUUAAACUGCAGAGUGUAAAUAUAUUAGAACACUUUGUAUGCACAAAGUAGAGGGUGUGUGGAAUUCAGUGUGAAUAGACAAGACUCCUAAUAACUGUGUUUAGUGUGACAAAUCUUGUAUUGAUUUUAAUCGACUUCUUUGGCUUACAGGGAUUCAGACCAAUUACAUUACACAUUAAUCUCAGUAGAUGCAUCUAUGUUUUGUUACUGUAACUGGAACUCUUGAAGCAACUUUGUCCUUUUUGUAACUGUAUGUAUAUAUGUGUAACUUUUAAAACUAAUAUCUGGGGGGGGGGGGAUUGUUGGGCUUGGGGUUUUUGGAAUAUAGUAAUGAAAUGUGUUUUUUAAAAUGUACUAGAUAUGCCACAAAAUGUAUUAAAGGUGAGUGAUAUGCCUAAGGGAAUGCUCUGGACCAUGUUCACUUUUGUGAAAGACCCUGCACUAUUUCUUCGUGAUUGUCUCAUGCUGGAAGAAUGUAGUGUUUACCCGUCAUCUUCUGUAAGAGGCAUAAUACCUGGGGGGGGUGCAGCUGGUCAUCAGUUUUGCCAGACUGAACGGUUUUUCAGUUGUGCUUUUAGAAUUUACAAAAAAGUGCCUUGUAAACAAUGUGCAGGCAUUGGUUUGAGAGCCAGAGGGUCUGUUGCAUAGCAUUUGUGCUUGCUUCCCAUUAGAAACAUACGCUUUCGUGCUUCCCUGGUGUCACGUUAAUUCGGGACAGUGCCUUUAUGUAAAUUCCUAGGCCUCAAACUAUGCCCUUAAUCCCAUUGAGCUGGGAACCCGGCUGCAGAUGUGGCUAACAGGUAUGUGUGAACCGUCUGAGACGAUGGUAUUCCGUCUGCACUGUGGCAUCCAAGACUAAAAUAGUAAGAGAGGAAGGGAGAGCUGUUAGGAAUGUGUCAGUCCUCAUGCACUUGUUGUCCAGCGCUCUUGUAUAACUGUAUUGGUAUUUCUAGUAGCAACAGUCAUCAAGUUUUUAAUUGCUGUGAUUACAGUAGUGCAAACUGGCUUUCACUGUGAUUUGUGCUCCAUGGGGCCAGGCAGAGCAGCUAGCUAGGAAGGGGAAAUUAUCUGUCUGGUGAAAAUGUCAAUUCCAGACAAAAACGAAAAAGCAAGAAUGUUGUUUUGUCAGAAAGGAAAUUCUGAACAAUAUUUUGGGUUUGGUUUCAGUUCUUUUUGUUUGUUUCAGCAAUCACCCACCUAAAAAAAGCUAAACCGGGCAGUUGCUAAACCAGAGAGAACUACUUACCCACCCCAGACACAAAUGCAGCUGAACAACCAGGAUGGCUGUAGCAACUUAGAGCUGCUGUACCACAGGGUCCUGGGCAAGCUCGCAUGGUGUUAGCCUCUUGCCAAAGUCUCUAACAUGAAGUAAGUUCACAGAGGCUCACAUACUUGCAUCUGGUAAAUCAUUCAUGCCUGGCUUCACAGCCAGUGUCAACAGUUUGAAGAUUUCCAAGUGCUGGGUCCACAUGAAAAACCUUGUGGGAUAGCAGCUCCCUACCACCCGUUAUGUGGCCCUCAAGACUGACACCUCUCAUGGAGAACGUUGGUUUCCAUUGAUGGUGUCCCAGUGAGAAUGGGCAGCAGAGCUGAGGACAGAGCCGUGCUGUGGGUUCCCCAGUCGUGGAUGCCAGCUAAGGAUGGCUCAGGUUACUUAGCCUCUUUUCAGACCAUGGUAGGGCCUGGCUUAAUCCCAAGCGUGAACGAAAGAAUCGCCCCCUCCUGCAGUCUGAGUUUGCUGGAGUGGUUUCCCAAGCGCAGAGCGCAUUUGGCCCUGCUUAGCUUCUCCUGAGCCUUAAAACUAGAACCCAGGUCACAAGCACCCACCUCUGGAAAACGCUUGGCUGGGGCGUUGGGCACCCAUGUGAAAGGUGAUACACUGAGACAGGAGAUUGUUCAUUCUUUGCUGUAACCUUUUCAGCGGGACUGUCUGUUCCUUUCCCUUGAUUUGCUGUGCUUGAACAGUCUAUGCUGUCACUGAUCGUAUAAACCAGCUAGCUGCAGGGAUUGGUACGUUAACGGGCAGCUUGCCACAUACAUAGCCGUAAGAUAGAAUGCUAAAGGCUACAUGCUUCUCUUAUUCAAGGAGAGUAAUAAAGCAGAUUUUAUUUGACUUGUAUAAAUCCACUUUAAUUGGCUUUCCUGCCAACACUUUCAUUAACAUGUAAAUUAGCUGUCCUGGAGCUGUUAAUUAUCUUUGCAGAAAAUGUUGGAUAUGGUCAUAUAACGUACUCUUUCUUUUUUACUGCUCCUAAUGUUUUAUACUGAACGUGCCCAUAAAUAGUCACUGUAUUUUAUUUUUUUUAAGAGGAGGAUGAAGAGGCUAAGGGUCUGCCUUGGGAAACAACUAGCUUGCUUCAGCGUUAUUCAUCAGCACGUUACACUGACAUGUAGGAAACUGAGCUCUGGGUUUUAUUGGUUGUGCCUUUGAAGGUUUUGGGGAUCUUUUUAAAGUGUCUGGCAAGUGAGGGAGCAGAGGAGGCUGGCAGGUGCUCCAACAAAGGCAGCAUCCUCCCUGACAGGAUGUCUUGUGUUCAAAAUUUGGCAGUGGCAGUGAAACAGGUAGGCAUUGCAAGCAAGAAAAUGGCUGAAUUCCCAGUUUCCAAGAAGCUGAGAACCAGUCAAUUACUUUUCCUACGGAAGGAAAAAAAAUAUCUGAACUUUUUUUAAUACAAUUUUUCUGCAAAAAACAUCUG